AUGGGUGUGCCUGGAAAUGAUGGAUUCAUGAUUUCCAAGUCAAUGAGUCAAAUAGAAGGUGGCCACGACCAGUUGCUAAAGGAAGCAGAAUUGGCAACUGCAGCCGAAGAAAAAGAGACUCAUUCAUUUGAAAUUGAGCCUGCUCAGGUUGAAAAUGUGAAGCAGCGUUGCUUGCCAAAUGCUUUAAACUAUCCCAUGUUGGAGGAGUAUGACUUCAGAAAUGAUACCGUCAAUCCUGACCUUGACAUGGAGUUGAAGCCUCAAGCACAGCUACGUCCUUAUCAAGAGAAGAGUCUUAGUAAGAUGUUUGGGAAUGCUGCACUAUUUUAUGCGUUUCAUCGGAUAAAUAAUAUUGAGAACGUGUGGGCCGCAUACAAUCUGAACAUUUUGGUUGAAAAUGUGAAGCAGCGUUGCUUGCCAAAUGCUUUAAACUAUCCCAUGUUGGAGGAGUAUGACUUCAGAAAUGAUACCUGGGGUUUCAGUUAUGAAGGCAGUCUUCAAAACUUUGGGGUUGAAUUUGGGAAACCUCGCUUGUCAGCACACCAUGUGAUGAACAUGGCACUCUAUGUGAUGAACCCUAACAAAUUUCGGGCUUGCGAGUUUCUUAUACGGUUUCAUGAACAACAGCGUGGUGAUAAGAUAAUUGUUUUUGCUGACAAUCUCUUUGCACUGACAGAGUAUGCAAUAAAGCUUCGGAAACCUAUGAUCUAUGGUGCUACAAGCCACGUUGAAAGGACAAAAAUUCUUGAGGCCUUCAAAACUAGUCGGGAAGUGAACACUGUUUUCCUCUCAAAGGUGGGUGAUAAUUCCAUUGAUAUUCCUGAGGCAAAUGUGAUAAUUCAAAUUUCAUCACAUGCGGGAUCAAGGCGUCAAGAAGCCCAACGACUUGGACGUAUUCUCAGGGCAAAGAAUAUAAGCUUCUCCAAUGAAUCAAGCACAUUGAUUUUGCCAACCAAGCUACCAUGGACAAUUGAUGAAAGAUUGCCAAUGGAGUCCUCUCCAGCAAAUGAUGAUUAUUUCCUUUGUGGGUUUCAAUGA